AUGAUGAUGCAAAGUGCUGUUGUGACAUUUGAAACAGCUCAGCUGGAGCAGACACUGCAACUGCUGAAGGUGACAGAGAAGGCUGUGGCACCUGGCUCCGGCCUUGUCAGCCAGCUAAAGAGCAAGCUGAAGGGCACUGAGCAGCUCCAGGAGGCGGAAGUGGUGGAGCUGCUGGAACGGCAGAUCGUGGUGGCCGAUUGCCAGGUCUGUGCUGCCGUCCUCAACUUCCUGCAGCAGGACCUGGGCAGCUGUGUGAAGGGCAGCUGGGGACUGCGGCGCGCCUGGAAGACCUACGACAGGAUCUACGGCCAGAUCAGCGCCAUGUACCGGCAGGUGCAGCAGGAGGUGCCUGUGGACGCGCGGUCUCGGCGGAAGCUGUGCGCGCCCUCAUGGGCUCCGUGUCGCUGGGCUACGGUCUGUUCCAGCUCUGCGUGUCUCACUGCUGCCGUCCAAGUUCGUCAAGGUGGUCCAGCUGCUGGGAGGUUCCAGAGUGACCGGUCGGCGGCGCUGGCGGCGCUGAUGCCGGCGUGGCCACCUCCGAGCAUCCUGCUGCGGGAGACGGCCGGUCGCUACGGACAGGCGGCGCUGUUCCAGUUCUUCCGCGGCCGCGUCCUCCGCCCUGCAGGCUGGUGCCGGCUUAUGCAGCUGGACUGGGUCGGCGCGUUCGUGGCGUUCUCCGAGCUGGCGCAGCAGUCCCGCUGGUCCCGCGCCUUCUACCACUACUUGGCCGCUGGCGAGCGGCACUACCGGCGCGCGCUCGUGCUGGGCCGCGACGACCGCAGCCGGCCGCACGUGGCGCCGCACGCCAGCUACGAGCUGGCGGUCAUGUACUGCGGCGACAGCCGCAGGACUACGGACUUCGAGUCGCGGCUGGGCGUGCGCAUCCAGUCGGCGCUGAAGCGGCUGGAGAAGGUCACCAGGGAGGAGAGGGCCAAGUGA